AUGGAGGAAGAGGAGACAACACUGUCAUUAAUUCGACAUCAAUGCUAUGAAAAAUAUUUCAAUCAUGCAGCGAACGCGGCAACAGCAGCUCAAAGGAAAUUCAGUGAUCCAAUUUAUACCUUUUUACAUGCAUAUGCUCUCCUAAUGCAAGAUCAAAUUCAUGACGCUAUCAUAGAGCUGGACACACUGAAAAACAGUCGGGAUGUGUCUCUCUGUUCUUUUAUGGCUCUUGUUUAUGCUGAGAGAAGAAAGAUCAAUCCAGACCCAGAGGUCAUUCAGGAACUGGACGCCAAAGUCAAAGAGGAUCGUAAAAGUGCUUCCCCCAAAAGCUUAUAUUAUGCUGGCAUGUUCUUGUGGCUGUUGGGCCGAAAUGACAAAGCAAGGGAGUAUGUGGAGAGAAUGAUAAAGAUUUCAAAUGGUUCCAAAGAGGGAAUCAUCUUGAAAGCGUGGAUUGAUGUGACAUCUGGUAAAGAUGCUUUGGCUAAAAAAGCUGGGAAGUACUUUGAUGAAGGACUUAAAGAGAAGAUGGAUAUUUUUGGCUUAAUGGGAAAGGCUCAAUACUUAGAAUACCGGCAGAACUACUCCGGAGCCUUGGAGAUGGUCAACCAAAUUAUUGUUAGCUAUCCAACAUUCCUACCUGCGCUGACCAAGAAAAUGAAGCUGUUGCUAAGCUUACAGGACUGGGAGCAAACUGUUGACGCAGCACACCGAGAUGGGGAUAUUUCUGAGUCUUUGAAACUCCUAUCCAACCUCACCACCAGCUUGGAUAUUUUGGAGCCACGGAACUCUGAGCUCUUUUACAGGAUGUCACUAGCCUUUGCCCGCCUUUGUGGACGUAAUGAAAAGAUUCUGGAACAAACAUUCAAAAUGGUGGAGAAAGCUUUCUCCGUGGGUUCAGGAGAUGCAGACUUUGCCACAGAGAUGGGUUUCCAAAUGUUACUCCAGGGAAAGAUCAAGGAGGCCAUGAAGUGGUACAAGAAUGCUAUGAGCCUGGACGAGACCAGUGUGACCGCCUUGACAGGUAUAAUCCAUUGUCAGUUUAUUGAGGGACACCUUCAGGAUGCAGAGCAGCAGUUGGAAUUUCUGACUGAGAUUCAACAGACAAUCGGGAAAACUGGGGAUCUACUGUACCUGCGAGCUGUGCUGGCAGUGAAGAAGCGGCGCCCUCCAGAGGAAGUGACGGCUCUUCUGAACGAGGCUGUGGACGUUCACUUCUGUGCACUGAAGGGCCUGCCGCUAGGAGUGGACUAUUUGGAGAAGCUAAACCCGGACUUCAUCCUUGAAAUUGUCAAAGAGUAUCUUGCACUUUGUCCUUCCAAGCCCCCUGCUCCAGGCCAGCCCCCCUGUCCGCAGCUCCAGCGCUGUGCCGUUCUUCUGGAGACUGUGGUAAAGACUGUGCCGGGUCUGCUCCCAGGACUCUACUUGAUGGCCAAAGUCAAAUACCAAUCCGGUGACUUUGAGUCGGCUCAGAGCAGCCUGAGCCACUGUCUGCAGCAGUGUCCCACCUUCGCUGAUGCUCAUAUGUUGAUGGCACAAAUUCACCUGGUGCAAGGAAAUGUCACCAUGUGCUCACAGUCUCUGGAACUCUGCUUGAGCCACAACUUUGAGAUCAGAGAAAACCCUCUUUUCCACUUGAUCAAGGGUCAAGCGCAGAAGAAGAUGGGUGAGCUAACAGAGGCCAUCCAGACCUUACAGAUGGCCAUGAGCCUUCCAGGAGUACGAAGGGUGGGCUCUUCUUCCAAAUCCAAGAAGAAGAGUGAGCUGUUCCCUGCUGACUGUGUCUCUAUCUUCCUGGAGUUGGCUGAGGCCCUAUGGCUAAAUGGAGAACAGCAUGAGGCGGCUAAAGUGAUGCAGGACGCAAUAAUUUCCUUCUCUGGGACGACAGAAGAGCUGCGUGUUACUAUCGCAAAUGCAGACUUGGCGCUGAUGAGAGGAGACACUGAGCUGGCGCUGAGCAUGCUCCGAAACAUCACCCCUGAGCAGCCCUACUACGUCCAGGCCAAGGAGAAAAUGGCCGACAUCUAUCUCAACCACAGGAGGGAGAAACGACUGUAUGCGAGCUGCUACAGGGAUAUUGUGGAGAAGCUGCCCAGCCCCCAUACAUACCUCCUAUUGGGUGAUGCCUACAUGAACAUCCAAGAACCAGAAAAGGCCAUUGAGAUCUACGAACAAGCGCUGAAGAAAAAUCCCACAGACGGCGCUCUGGCCAGUAAAAUCGGCAAGGCUUUGGUCAAGACGCAUCACUACAUCAAGGCUAUAAACUACUACGAAGCUGCCUUGAGGAGCGGCCAGAACUUCCUUCGCUACGACCUGGCCGAGCUGCUGAUGAAGAUGAAACAGUACGAGCGCAGUGAGAAGGUGGUGAAGGAGGCUCUGGACCAUGAACCAGUGGACGAUCUGGCUGGAUUCUCAGACGACUGCCGCUACCUUGUCCUCUUAGCCAGGAUUCAAAACAAAGUAGGCAAGAAUGAAGGUGCUCUGCUUUCUUUGCGAAAGGCUCGUGACGUUCAGGCCAAAGUCCUGAAACGUGUUCCGACGGAGCAGCCCGACGCCAUCCCGCUGCAGAAGCAACUUGCCGCCGAGAUCUGCUCCGAAAUCGCCAAGUACUACAGCAGCCAGCGGGGCUACGAGCACGCGGUCAAGUUCUACAAAGAAGCACUUGUGCAUUGUGAGACCGAUCGCAAGGUGAUGCUAGAGUUGGCUCGCUUGUACCUGACCCUGGACGAUGUGGAUUCCUGCCAGGAGCAGUGUAGUGUUAUCUUGAUGAAUGACCAGUUCAAUGAAGACGCAACGCUGAUGAUGGCGAACCUUAUGUCGAGAAAGCAGGAUUAUGAGAAGGCUGUUUUCCACUAUAGACAACUUCUUGAGCGCAAGCCAGACAACUACGUGGCUCUGUUCCAUCUGGUCGACCUGUUGAGACGAGCUGGGAAACUAGAGGAGAUUCCCCGAUUUCUGGAAGUGGCUGAGAAACACUCCCCCAGGACAAGGCUGGACCCUGGCUUUAACUACUGCAAAGGCCUCUAUCUGUGGUAUACGGGAGAGUCUAACGAUGCUCUGAAGCAUUUUAACAAGGCACGCAAAGAUAGCGACUGGGGCCACAACGCAGCCUACAACAUGAUCGAGAUCUGCCUCAACCCCGACAACAACACCAUGGGUGGAGAGGUGUUUGAGAACCUGGAUGGAGAAAUGGGGAACUCCACAGAAAAGCAAGAGUCAGAGCAGAUGGCAGUGAGGACGGCGGAGAAUCUUUUGAAGGAGCUGAAGCCUAAGACGGCAGGAGGACAGCUGCAGAUCCGCAUCCUGCAGAACUACUGUCUGUUAGCCACCAAACAAAAGGCCAACGUGGAGUCAGCUCUCGGCACUUUCACCGAGAUCGCAAACAACGAGAAAGAACACGUACCUGCACUGCUGGCUAUGGCCACAGCCUUCAUGAUGCUCAAACAGACGCCUCGGGCCAGAACGCAGCUCAAGCGCAUCUCCAAGAUGAACUGGAUGGUUGAAGACGCAGACGAGUUCGAGAAGAGCUGGCUGCUGCUGGCCGAUAUUUACAUCCAUUCUGGGAAGUACGACAUGGCCACCGAGCUGCUCAAGAAAUGCCUGCACCACAACAAGUCCUGCUGUAAGGCGUAUGAAUACCUGGGAUACAUCAUGGAAAAGGAGCAGUCGUUUAGUGAUGCAGCACUCAACUAUGAACAUGCAUGGAAAUAUGGAAAUUGCACUAAUCCAACCAUUGGGUACAAGCUGGCUUUCAACUACCUGAAAGCAAAAAGACAUGUUGAUGCAAUAGAUGUGUGUCAUAAGGUUCUGGCUGCCCAUCCGAAUUACCCACGAAUAAGGAAGGACAUCCUGGACAAAGCAAGAGCUGCUCUUAGGCCUUAA